AUGUGCAUAGACUAUAGGGAGUUGAAUAAGCUGACGAUCAAGAAUAGGUAUCCGCUGCCACGAAUAGACGAUUUGUUCGAUCAACUUCAAGGAGCGUCGCAUUUCUCGAAAAUCGAUCUUAGAUCCGGCUAUCAUCAGUUGAGGGUACGAGAAGAAGAUGUACCUAAAACGGCUUUCAGAACGCGCUAUGGGCAUUACGAGUUUCUGGUGAUGCCAUUUGGUCUCACAAAUGCGCCCGCCGUUUUCAUGGAUCUAAUGAACCGAAUUUGUAGGCCAUACUUGGACAAAUUCGUCAUAGUAUUCAUUGAUGAUAUUUUGAUAUAUUCUCGUAGUAAGGAUGAACAUGAGAAGCAUUUAAGAAUAAUAUUGCAAUUACUUAGAGACGAGAAGUUGUAUGCUAAGUUUUCUAAACGAAAAGGAAUUCAUGUCGACCCAUCUAAGAUAGAGGCGAUUAAGAAGUGGGAGGCACCAAAGACGCCAACGGAAGUGCGUAGCUUCCUAGGAUUGGCAGGUUAUUAUCGAAGAUUCAUCCAAGGAUUCUCCAAAAUUGCGGUACCUCUGACCCAAUUGACCCAAAAGUCAAGAGAAUUCAUAUGGGGUGAAGAACAAGAGCAAGCGUUCCAAACGCUUAAGAACAUGUUGUGUGAAGCACCCAUACUAGCGUUGCCGGCAAACGUCGUUGCCGAUGCACUUAGUAGGAAGGUGAAUACUAAGGUGCCAAGGGCAAGAAUCAGCUACUUACAAGUAAGAAUGUCUCUAAGAGAUCGUUUCUUAGGAGACCAAGCAAAGGCCUUUGAAGGGAAGAACAUUAAGGAUGAAGCCUUGUGCGGUAUGGAAAUGAGGUUUGACAAGGAUGAUGAAGGAAUCUUAUACUUCAGGGAAGAGCUUGGGUACCGAAGGUCUCCGAUGUGUUGGAUAGAGACGGGCGAAAGAAGUCUAGCUACCGUCGAUUUUGUCCAAGAAACAACGGACAAAGUAGCUAUCAUUAAAGAAAAGCUUAAAGCCGCCAGAGAUCGGCAAAAGAGUUAUGCGGAUCAAAGAAGGAAGCCCCUAGAAUUUGAAGUCGGCGACAAAGUGCUCCUAAAGGUGUCGCCAUGGAAAGGAACAGUGAGAUUUGGUAAGAGAGGAAAGUUAAGUCCUCGAUACAUUGGGCCAUUUGAAAUUGUGGCUAGAAUAGGCCCUGUGGCCUAUAAGUUGAAAUUACCCCAAGAAUUGGGAGAUGUUCAUGACACUUUCCAUGUGUCAAAUUUAAAGAAAUGCGUGGCGGAUGAUUCGAAAGUAGUUCCACUCGAGGAACUACGAAUGGAAGAUAAGCUCCAAUUUCGCGAGGAACCAAUAGAAGUUCUUGACCGCGAUGAGAAACGCCUUAAGAGGAGCAAGAUCCCUAUAGUUAAAGUCAGAUGGGAUACAAAGCGCGGACCCGAAUUUACAUGGGAGCGCGAGGACUUCAUACGUGAGAAAUAUCCGCACUUACUCCCUAAGCAAACUCAAAUUCCGGGACGGAAUUCUUCUAAGGGGGUAAGGAUGUAA